UACCUGUCGACAGGAAGCGUAUAUGUCGUGCACUCCUCUCCUCCCCUUCUUACCUUUCAUAGGAAGCGUAUGACCCCAAAAACUAGAACAGAUUCUUGAUUUCUGGGUGGGGUUUUUGGUAGGUCAGUAGAUUUCCUGGGCGGGUCUUCGUUUUCUCCAUUCAUGGCUUCUUCAAUGUUGACUGGGGCUGAAAAUUUGAAGCUAAUCAGGGGCAUUUCCCCUAAUGGGUUAGGUUUUCUUGGCUCAGAUGUUCAUGGCAAGCACUUCCCCAAGUUGGGUUUAGUGUCGUGGAGUAGAAAUUACAGGCUUAAAACCCUAAAAGCCAGGUGCAGUGCCUCUGUAUCUAGGCCGGCUUCUCAGCUUAGGUUCAUUCAGCACAAAAAGGAGGCAUUUUGGUUCUAUAGAUUCCUCUCAAUCGUGUAUGACCAUAUCAUAAACCCUGGGCAUUGGACCGAGGAUAUGAGGGAUGAUGCCCUGGAGCCUGCUGAUCUCAAUGAUAGGAAUCUGGUAGUGGUUGAUGUGGGGGGAGGAACUGGGUUCACUACUUUGGGCAUUGUCAAGCAUGUGGAUGCCAAGAAUGUCACCCUUCUUGACCAAUCGCCACAUCAGCUUGCCAAGGCAAAGGAGAAAGAACCCUUGAAAGAUUGCAGGAUAAUUGAGGGUGAUGCUGAGGAUCUUCCCUUUCCCACUGAUUAUGCUGAUAGAUAUGUAUCAGCAGGAAGUAUUGAAUAUUGGCCAGAACCCCAACGUGGCAUCAAAGAAGCAUACAGGGUCUUGAAACAAGGAGGUAAGGCAUGCCUGAUUGGUCCUGUGUACCCGACUUUUUGGUUGUCCCGCUUCUUUGCAGAUGUAUGGAUGCUCUUCCCAAAGGAGGAAGAGUAUAUUGAGUGGUUUGAAAAGGCUGGAUUUACGGAUGUUCAACUGAAAAGAAUUGGCCCCAAAUGGUAUCGUGGUGUUCGCCGGCAUGGACUGAUCAUGGGAUGUUCUGUAACAGGUGUAAAACCUGCCUCUGGAGAUUCUCCUUUGCAGCUGGGUCCAAAGGCGGAGGAUGUAUCGAAGCCUACAAAUCCGUUUGUGUUCUUUCUGCGCUUCCUUCUGGGUGCCCUUGCAGGCACGUACUAUGUACUGAUUCCUAUUUACAUGUGGCUCAAAGAUCAACUCGUUCCCGAAGGACAACCAAUCUGAGAAAGAGUGGUUCCAGAUCUAGGUUUUCUUGUUGAAGCUGUUUAUGAUUCUCUCAACACAUUUCAGAGGCUAUGAUAAUCCUUCUGAAAUCUUAGCUUUGUCCUCUCUAUAAGUAUCCAUGGAAAUGAAAUAAUGGGAGUUUCUCAUGUGAAAAGUUCUUGAGUGUUGAAUGUUGCUUGGUUUUCUC